AGAGAGAGAGAGAGAGAGAGAGAGAGAGAGACUGGCUUGCCCUUCAUCUGUCUGCUCAAGGCGGAGCUGAAGUUACCGAGAGCGGCGGCGGGAGCUCGACACAAUCCGCGAGGCAAUAAUCAUUCACACCGGGAGAAACGCGCUCAUUUACCUCAUCAGAUCCCGUCCAGCGAUUACUUUACACAUCGUUACCGAACGACUCCACUGCGACGUUUUCAUACAGGCCUCUGUCUCUCUCUGGAUCAGACUCAAUGUCGCUCCCGUACGGCCGCUUGAACCGACCGAUGGGCUCGUCGCCUCCCGCCGCAGAUCCACUUUAUUUCAACGACACCAUUUCAGUUGUUAUGGAGUUAUAGAAAGAAUCAGCCGAAGCCGGGAAAUGUUGGAGAUGUCGUUAGCUCGUGAAGCUAAGCAUCGACUGAAGCGGACUGACAAGAGCAGAACUGACCCAUAUUGAGAGACUGCACGUCCAUCUGUACCAGAACCAAAUAGAUAUCUGAUAAUUCUGUUUUUAUAAACGCAGAUAAUAACUAAUACGUGAUCGUCGCGGGCAUUUUGAAAUCUUCAUAGUCUGAAGUAUUGCAAAGAAGAAAUGCGAGACAGCGGAUCGCAUACAGUAACGCACGAAGUGUAAUUGCUUAAACUCCGAUUCGACACUGAGAAAUUGGAUUUUGACCAGAAUAUAAAUAAAAACAACUGAUCCUAAAAGGAUGCAUUGCCUUCAAACAUACAUCAGCGCGUCUCAUUUCGGACUAAUCCCAUCGAGUACAUGAGCUUGAACUUCAGUUGAAACGGGAGUCUACGAGGAAAUUCUGCGGGAAGUUUUUUGGACUCGUUUGGAGCUGAACUCAUCCAGAACCGGGAUCAGGAUGAAAGUACUGGUGCUGAACCGAGUCUCAAUCCUCUCACUUGGGCUGUGCUCAAUGCUUCUCCUCAGUGCUGUGGCUGCUGCUCAGAGUGAGGAGAGCGUGCGGGAGUGUGCAUUUAAUGACCAGCACAAGCAGGUGGAUGAACAGAGUGUUGCUGGUGACUGGCACAUCACCAGAGAAAAUAACACCAUCCUGUGCGGCAAGAGCAGCCGCUGCUACGGCCUGUGGGAGAAAACACAUGACGGAGAGAUCCGCCUCGUCAAACAAGGCUGUUGGACUUACAUUGGCGACCAGCAGGACUGCCAUGACGACCGUUGCGUGGUUACUACCACGCCGUCGCAGAUCCAGAACGGCACCUACAGAUUCUGCUGCUGCAGCACAAACAUGUGCAAUGUCAACUUUACAGAGAACUGGGUGCCGAGCCCCACCAGCACCACCACCCAAGAUCAACGGCCUCUACACAGAGAUGAGGCCAUCUUCAUUGCCUUGGCGUCUGUUUCCAUAGUAGCAGUCCUGAUCGUGGCGAUUUUCUUUGGCUAUCGCAUGAUGAUUGGUGAGUGUAAACCGGGUCUGCACAAUAUGGAUAUGAUAGAGGCAGCACCAUCAGAACCCUCUUUGGAUUUAGACAGUUUAAAGCUCUUAGAGCUGAUUGGACGAGGACGAUACGGUUCUGUCUAUAAAGGCUCGCUUGAUGAACGUCCUGUUGCAGUAAAAGUCUUUACAUACGCCAACCGCCAGAACUUCGUGAACGAACGAUCCAUCUAUCGAACCCCUCUCCUGGAGCAUGAAAACAUUGCUAGAUUCAUUGUCGGCGAUGAACGGCUCACGGCAGAUGGCCGGAUGGAGUACCUGCUGGUUAUGGAGUACUACCCUCACGGUUCUUUGUGUCGAUAUCUGAGUCUGAAUACAUUGGAUUGGGUGAGCUCCUGUCGUCUGGCGCAUUCGCUCACGAGAGGACUGGCAUACCUGCACACCGAGCUCCUGAGGGAAGAUUUAUAUAAACCUGCCGUGUCACACCGAGAUCUGAACAGUCGCAAUGUUCUGGUAAAGAACGAUGGUACAUGUGUGAUCAGUGAUUUUGGCCUGUCCAUGAAGCUGACUGGAAAUCGUCUCGUACGGCCUGGUGAAGAAGAGAACACUGCCAUCAGUGAGGUGGGCACUAUCCGCUACAUGGCCCCAGAAGUGCUGGAGGGAGCGGUGAACCUCCGGGACUGCGAGUCGGCUUUGAAACAGGUUGACAUGUACGCCAUCGGACUCAUCUACUGGGAGACCUUCAUGCGAUGCACUGACCUCUUUCCAGGUGAAACAGUGCCAGAAUACCAGAUGGCUUUCCAGACCGAGGCUGGGAAUCACCCGUCCUUUGAGGACAUGCAGGUGUUGGUGUCCAGAGAGAAACAGAGGCCGAAGUUCCCAGAGGCCUGGAAGGAGAACAGUCUGGCUGUGCGCUCUCUGAAGGAGACUAUGGAGGACUGUUGGGAUCAGGAUGCAGAGGCUCGUCUGACAGCGCAGUGUGCAGAAGAGCGUAUUGCAGAACUGCUGCUGAUCUGGGAGCGAAACAAACCCGUCAGUCCAACCAUCAAUCCCAUGAGCACUGCACUGCAGAAUGAGAGAAACCUCACCCACAGUCGCCGAGCUCCCAAAAUGGGCUCUUAUUCAGAUUACUCUUCAUCCUCAUACAUCGAGGAUCACGAGGGAAUGGUGAAAAACCCCCCAGGUGAUGUCUCCACAUCUGGCACCUCCUCUGUGGGGGGAUCGGGUGUGAGUGGAAUCAGCAGUGGCGUUCCGGUCCCAGGAGAGAAGAACAGAAACUCUAUAAACUACGAGAGGCAGCAGGCUCAGGCCCAAGCCCGGCUGCCCAGCCCAGAAACCAGCGGUGCGAGUCUGUCCACCACGACAGGCCUCACGCCAAGCACGAUCAUGACCACCAUCUCCGAAUCAGGCCACUCUGAGGACACAGGAGCUGGGGGAAGUGUACCAGUGUGCCUUCAGCUCACAGAGGAAGACCUGGAGACCACCAAACUGGACCCCAAGGAGGUGGACAAAAACCUGAAGGAAAGCUCAGAUGAGAACCUGAUGGAGCAUUCGCAGAAGCAGUUCAGUGCUCCUGAUCCGCUCAGUUCGGGCAGUUCCAGCCUUUUGUACCCAUUGAUCAAACUCGCCGCGGAAGUGACCGGAGGGUCUGGAGCAGGCAGUCAAGGGGAUUUCGGGGCGAUGGGCGAUGCUCCCGCAGCCAUGUUUCCUCUGCCCAAACAGCAGAACCUCCCUAAGCGUCCCACCAGCCUGCCUCUCAAUACCAAAAACCCCAGUAGGGAGUCCUCAUUGACACGGUUGAAGUUCGGGAAGCACAAGUCCAACCUGAAGCAGGUGGAGACGGGCGUAGCGAAGAUGAACACGGUCGUGGCCGCGGAGCCACACUUGGUCACCGUCACCAACAACGGGCCCAGCGUCCGUAGCGGCGUGGGGGUCGUCGUCGUUAACGGAUACGGAGGGGGCAGUGGCGUAGGCUCCUCUGAGGAAUUUGGGAAUACAAACCCAGCUGGGCCGCAGGGUGAUGGUGGAGCCUCUCUGCUUCAGAGUCAGCUGAGCGGUGAAGACAGUCGGCUCAACAUCAACAUUAACUCCAGCCCCGAUGAACACGAACCUCUGCUAAGGAGAGAGCAGCCUGCGGCACGAGACCAUUCCGGCCGCACCAAUUCAAAUAACAACAACAGCAACAUCCGUACAGCCGCCUCCGCCACGAUGGGUUGUGAUCAUGCGUUACCUCCUGGAGAGGGGCAGAUGGAGACUUUAGUCUGCCCUCCAGCAGCUCCAGACGGACGAGAUGGGGUUCCACGGAGACAGCCUAAACCCAGGAGACCCGAGCGGCCAAACUCACUGGAUCUGUCAACCAGCUCCCAGGAUUCUUCUGUUAUGGAUGAAGCCGGGUCACAAGAGGGGAAAGCUGGAUCGGCCGAGAAAAUUAAGAAGCGCGUCAAGACGCCUUAUUCUUUGAAAAGGUGGCGUCCUUCCACGUGGGUCAUCUCUAAUGAAACGAGGGAUGGAGAGGUAAACAACAAUGGGCAAAACCUGCAGACAGCUGGAGGAAAUCACGCCAGUUCCGGCCAAUCAAAAUCCAGCAUUGCCGUGUUCCUGGUCAGUGGAGGAACUGCGACCUCCACUCGAACCUCUGAUCCGCCUGAUAUGACUUGCCUGUGAAUGUGCAUCUGCAAUGGAGGAUGAACCCAGACUUUUGAAACCGAAGGGUUUAUCUAUGCUUUGUGCUCCAAGAACUGAGCGUGCUAAUGAUGGAAAGAAAUACGUAAAUUGUUUUUGCAAAGCAGACUCUUGAAGGGACGUAACUUUGGCAAGCACUUAACAUUGUGAUAUUGUCAAAUUUCUCCAAGUUGUUUUGAUGAAAUCGCUUUAAACUGAACCCAGCUAUGCAGCAACAUUGGCAUAAAAUGCUUCCAUUGUUUUUCUUGUUCCUUUUACAAUCGAGUAUGAUUGUUUUUACGGUUGCUUGAUAAUUUCUUUUUAUUCGUUGCACUUUUUGUAUGCAAUCUUAAUCACAGUUCAUCGACCAUCUUUAAAGGCUGGUCUCAAAACUGAAACGGAAACGACAAUGUGUUGAUUUUACAAUCAUAGUAGAUCGGACGAAUAAAAAAAAAUCAAGUCGUUUUUAAAAAUCCGAAAAAAGGCAGUGGUCAGGGUUGACUGCAUCUAAUACCUUGUAACCCACAGUACAUUCAUGUUUUGUAUUUGUUGUAUUCUGUGUAAUCUGUUUUUGUAUCAUAUUUUGAAAUGUGCAAUAGACUUUAGCUUUGAGGUGCUCCAUAAGACAAUUUUCAUUUCGCUUUGUAUUUUUGCAGCAUUUAUUUUUAUUUCUCCAGUUGGAUAUUUCAAACUAAAUGCUGCGCUUAGCGGCAGCAAUCCUGUGUGUCCGUUCGGCCACCCCGACUGCGUUUGAGAAACGUCGUCCAGAUGACAAUCCCAGACCUUGUGGACAAUCCCAUCAGUCUCGAAAAGUAUACAACUUGUACUGGAAAUGUAUAAUAAUCGACGACUUCUCGCAAGCUUCAAUGAGGGGACAGUAGGCUUUUUCUUUAACACUACGAGACACUCAACAAUCCGGACUGUUUGUUGGAAAUCACGUUCUCUGAUGACACUGAAUCCCUUCUCUGCACGCGCUCAGUGCAGUUACCUCUGAUAUAAGAAGAAAGUGUAUUUAAAUGUGUAUGUUUGUUUUCACAAAGUUAGCGUAUAAGGAUACUCCGACUUAAUGGAGCACCACGGAUCGCAGUUGUGGUGGGCAAGAAAAGUGAGAUUUGCCACUUCCCAUUGCUCUGUGUGUUUCAACUACCAAUAUUCAUUGGGAAAACCCAUACAUAAACCAUCAAGACAUUAUGGGGUGGUUUCCCUGACAGAGAUUAGCUAGGCCAGUGGUUCUCAAACUUUUUCAGCGUGCGGCCCCCCUGGUGUACAGUGCAUUCUUUUGCGGCCCCCCGAAAGAAAAAUUUAUGACAAAAACAGUUCUAAAAUGUAAUAUUUCAAUUAAUUAAAUAAGAUAUUAAAUUAUACCCAGUAGUGCCUUUGGUUAGUUGGCUUAUUAUUUUUUAGGUUUAAUUACACAGAAUUCAUGAUAAAUUAAUGUAUUUUAAAAAAUGUCAUAAAACUGGGGCCCCCCUGGCACCAUCUCGCGGCCCCCCUGGGUGCCCCAGGCCCCAGUUUGAAAACCACUGAGCUAGGCCUAAGUUUAAUUAGGAAAUAUAACUAGUUUUAACAAACAUGGCUUACUAAAAACAUAACUUUUGAGUGCAUUUUGAGGCAAAAUAAAGGGCACUGAUAAAUUUUUAGAUAUGUCAGUACAAGUUGUUUUCAGUUUGGAAAGCUCUUACAUUUAUUUUAGUCUAAGACUAGUCUUAAUCCCUGUCCGGGAAACCGCCUCUAUAUACUGUCACUACAGAUGAAAGCAUACAGCUUUUUCAGUUUGAUUUUAGCCUUUUCAAUAUAAGCUCAAAGUCAUGAUAGUACUUUAACACAUCAUGGUUUUACUUUAUGUUAUUAUUUCAUCAUUUUAUUCUUUGUAAAUCUUUAAUUUAUGUAGUGCCCAGGGCCAAUCUUCAAGCUGCUCAUGAAGUUUUAUUAUUCUUAUGAAAUCGAAUCAGUAAAAUGUUUAUAAUCAUCGGAAAAAGAAUGGCAAUUUCAUCAAAUACGUUUUCAAGGCAUAUGUUAUGUUGUUUAUGUGCCGCUUAACAUACAGUCUGCAUUGCAGUACACUGUAAAUGGUUUUGCAGUUGAUGUGUGCCAGCCAUAAGACGGGCCUCAUAUUUUACCCCACAAUUGCUGCCUUUAAGGCUGGUGGUAUGUGUGUUUGCAGUAUUGUGGAAAACUAUGGAGACGAGCCAUUGGAAUAAUUACAUAGUGAUGAAGAAAAUUCCCUCAUAACCGGAGAUAGCACACGUGUUUAAUUAGAUAAUGCUUACCCUGCAUAUGCCGUAUUGCAUUUCAAUAAUGAGUUUGGGGAUUAACCAUGAUUUGGAACAAGCCAGCAUUAUCUUUGGACUUUGUACACUCCACAUAGGGGAACUUUCCGAAGUCAUCUGUUUUUUCCUCCUCGUACUGACUUUUUGUCAGCAAAUACUGUAAGAGUACACAGUGUAGUUCAGUUCGGCACACUUUCACUCGAUGCUUUAGUCUGACUUUGUAUAUGUAUGUAUGUAAUAUAGGCUAACCUCUGUGGUGUAAAUGUACAGUAUCUGUCUAUGAUAGUGCAUAUGCAUGCACGUAUGCAGACUUCUCAUCUGUCGCUUUGGGACCAAGAACAAUGCUAAAUCACUGUGAUAUUUAUCUUAGGAUAAACACAGUAACGUCAGACUGUUCCCAACUAUAGGUCGACUUUCAGGCUGUUCACCUUUGGAGUUGAACGGAGUGAAAAAAUAACCCAAUGAAAAGUAAAUCUCUAAUGCAAAUUUAAAUUAAACGGAUAGAUUUAUGAGUCAGAAAGGAAGGAUAUAGACCAAAGUGUAAAAGCUGGACUGUACUGUCUACGUGGAGAACGAGACUUGAGUUAAGUGUAGUUUGCUCAAGAGGGCUGUAUAUCUGCUACAUACCGAAGUAUGUUUACACCAGAGACAUUGUCCAGUUUUACAGCACACUAUUGACUAUUAAAACCACUUAGACAUAGUACUAUCCAAAAAUAUGUGCGGAUAUAAACCCAACAUGCCUUGUAUGGUUUUUUUUUCUUGGUCUAUUUUAAACCCAGUUUUAACCUAAAUGCACAAAAAAAAAACUGUUAUUGGUUAACUACUCAAGUUUAAGCAUAGUAAAAAUAAAUACUGACAACACGUCCCAUUUAAACACAAAUUGUAAGUUGUAGUCUGGGGGUGUGUGAGAGAAUGAAUGAAUGAAAGACUGAAGGGUAUGUGUCCAUGAGCUGCUGUUUUCUUUAUACUCUUGAGUUCACAUUAAAGCUGAUGGUUCAACGCCUACGAAGAUGGUUGUUUAAAAAAAAGCCACUGACAUGUUUUUUAUUACAGCUUGUAAAGUAAGCCAUUUGAGAACAAGAACAAAUUAUAUCUCAUGCUUUUAGUCUAUUCAGAAAUGUUUUAAAUGCCAUUUAGAAAAUAAAGCUUGCUGUACAACCCUGCAUUACUCAGUUGAUUAAAGAUUAUAUUAAUGAAAACCUG